GUUUAGAAAACAACCAACUCAAAAAAAUUAUCAAAAACCUCCACUUGUAUAAAAGAUUCAAUGUUAGAAACAGGAUUUACACACAUUAUUUUAAAUAGUGCACUACCAUUAUUUGGUAAAUUGAAAUGGUUCAGUAUUGAAAAUUUAACGAAUAUCAAUAAAUUGCACAAAUUAAAAACUAUACAUUCUCAUAAAUGUUUUAAUAAAACAAUUCAAAUGUUUGAUGAUUGUUGGAAUUAUAUAAGACAACUAUUUAUUGAAUAUUUAAUUCCAAUAAAAAAUAACAAUGAUCGAGUUAUUAUUGAAACAUUUGAACAAACUCAAAGAAAUGAAACAAUAAAAACCAUAAAUAAUGUAACCUAUUUGAAUUUUUUAAAUGCACUAUGUUUAACUGCAUGUUAUAGUCGAUAUCAAGAAAAUUUAGAACCGAUUAUAAAUGAUCGUGUUUUUUGUCCAUUCCCAUGUGUUAUACAAGAAGACUGUUCAUUUAAUGUAUGUAAAAAUUAUGGUAUAUUUACACAUGAAUAUGAAUGUCCUUGUGAUAAUUCAAGUAAAUGGGAUAGAGAUAGUAAUGAAUGCUUACCAGAUAGUAUAUACAAGAUAAGACAAACGAGAAAUUAUCCUGAUAUGUUAACGAAAGAAAAGAUUCGAAGGCAAAGAAACCCGAGGAAUUGUGAGCCCUAUAGUAAAUGUAGUAAAAAUGGAACAUUAUUUUGUACAUUGGAUUCAAAUUAUGAGUAUACAAUAUGUGUGUGCAAACUUGAUUAUCACGGUAGUUAUUGCCAAGACAAAAUAAAUGCUUGUCUAUUUCGUAUUGAACAUCAUUUACAACCAAAUGGUGGAACAUUAAUUGCUGGUAACACAGCAUGUAAUGUUAAUAGUUCAGGCAAUAAAUGUGUCGCAUUAAUAAGUGCUGAAGGUGACGCAUCAUAUCAAUGUCAAUGUAAUGAAACGCACUGGAUACCAGAUAUUGAAUUACCUUAUCCUAAUUGCUUACAAAAACAGACAAAGUGCGAUUCUAUUGUAUGUGUACAUGGAUUUUGUGUUUCAAAUAAUCAUACUGAUCAGGCUAAAUGUGUAUGCGAUCCUGGUUACGGUGGACCUGCUUGCGAAGAAUGGGUUGGUGUAUGGUCGGAAUGGUCAGAAUGGGGUCAGUGUCAACCAACCUGUGGAGAUAUACGUUACAGUUUACGCCAGAGAGAUUGUUUCUCAAUGAAAUUGGGGAAUAAAUCAAAGCUAUGUUUAGGUCCACCCAUUGAAUAUGCUAAAUGUUCGGAACAUUUAUGUAUAUAUAAAGGUGUAUCUUAUCACUAUUUAUACUAUUCAAUACAACAGAAUAUUAUUGCUAUAAGUUUUACAUUUAAUGCUGUAGUUUGCGUCACAGUUGUUGUAAUUUGGAGCUUAUUGUUUUUGGCAUCCACAAAAUCAUUUUAUAGUUUACUAAAAAAAUUAUAUUCGCAAAGAAGACAAAUUAAAAUAAAGACAUUGAGACGUGCAACAUUGGAACAAGCUGAAAGUGAAAUAUCUGUGAAUCGAUGUGAAAAUAUUAACAAUACAAGAGAGGACAAUGACGAAACUAAUAAAUAUUAAUGGAUGACAGGUUUUUACUGUUACGAGUUUAUACAUUUUACAAACUGAGAACGUUGACUGUGUUUAAUCAUUCAUCAUUAAAUCUAAUGUUUAUAAAUCAGCUUAAGCAA